CUGCUCAAAGAGCAGUUACAGGUGGAGCACGUCAGUUCCGGCGAUUUGUUUCGACACCACCUGUCCAACGGCACCGAGCUUGGCGAACUGGCGCGUGGUUAUAUGAACCGGGGCGUUCUGGUGCCGGAUGAAGUAACCAUCGGCAUGGUGAUGGACCGUAUCAACCAAAUGGCUGAUUCGGAUGGUUUCCUACUGGACGGAUUCCCUCGCAACGUCACUCAGGCUGAAGCAUUGGACCAGGCCCUUACUGAAUCUGGUCGGCACAUCGAUCGGGUCAUUCACAUUAGCGUGGAAGACGAUGAGCUGGUCCGGAGACUCAGCAACCGCUACAUUUGCCGGAGUUGCCAGAAACCCUUUGCCCGUAACCCCGCCACCGGAACCGCGCCAGAACGGUGCGACGACUGCCCGGAUGGUGGCGACAUUUAUCAGCGGGAUGACGAUACCACCGAGGCCGUCGCCAACCGCAUCAGCGUAUACCACCAGGAAACGGCGCCGGUGCUGGGUUUUUAUCAAGCACGUGGGGUGCUCGCGAACAUUCCCGGCGAAGGGGCGGUCGAGGCCGUCAACGAGUCGGUGCUGUUGGCCCUGGGUGUAUGUGUAGCCUGA